GCAUGCUCCUUGCAAGCGUGCUUGAAGAAGAACACGUAUAGCCCCGAGAAAUGUGAUGACUAUGUUCGCAAGCUGUACAGAUGCUGCUGGGCAAUGUACCAGCAAACAGAUGGUAAAGGGGAGUCGACCGCUUGCCCGCUCCCAAACGUCACUCGUCGCUGGCUGGAGAAACAUGGAGAGAGCUUGAAAUGA